UUAGAAUACCCAUUGACAAUCAGAAGAAGAAUCAAUAGUAAAUGAAAAAUUAACCUUGCUUACCACAUUUGAGUUUGAGCUAUGAUGAUGGAAUUCAUAACAAGAAGCAUGGAAAACUCCUUCUUCUUCUCUUGAAUUUUCUCAUUCUUUAUAGAUUGAAAUUUUUGUAAUUGUUGUUGGUUUGCAGUUCGACUCUUCAAAUGAGGGCUUUUGUUGGAUUCAUCAGAAUACUUGUCAUUCUACUUUUCCUCUUUGCUUGCUGUUCUUCUACUCAUGGAAGUACAAAAACGGAGAGAACUUUAGCGAUUAUAAAACCAGAUGGAUUGCUUGGUAACUACACAGAUGAUAUCAAGAGAAUAAUUUUAGAAUAUGGUUUCAGCAUUUUUGAGGAAAAGAUUGUUCAACUUGAUGUGGACACUGUGAAAAGAUUUUAUGCAGAGCACUCUUCAAAAAGCUUCUUUUCCAGCCUUAUAAAAUAUAUGACAAGUGGACCAGUGUUAGCUAUGGUUUUGGAGAAGGAUAAUGCUAUUGCUGACUGGCGUGCAUUAAUGGGCCCUACUGAUGCAAGCACGGCUAAGAUUACUCACCCUCACAGUGAACUAGCUAUUCUUUUGUACAGCAUCAGAGCAAAAUGUGGAUUGGAUAUGGAAAAGAAUUGUGUGCAUGGAUCAGACUCUCCCAAAUCUGCUCAAAGAGAGAUAUCAUUUUUCUUCAAAGAGCACUCUGCAGAUUUAAUUGCAGAACAUGAUGAAUUGUAGCUGGCACAAGUUUGGAGUAGAAACACAACUGUUUUUAGGCUGGCUGCCAGUGUUAUAUUAUUCAUAUAUUGGAUUGCUUCUGUGUCUAUCACCGCUUCCACUCAUUUGCUACUAAUUUGUCAUACAGUUAAUCGUUUACUCUCGAUGGAGAAUCAGAAUUCAGUUGAGUUGGAACAUUUUUGUGUGUGACAUGACCCAUGAGUGACUUU